UUAUUUAUAAAAUGCCCUGCUUCUGAUUCACUUGAUUGCUUCUCAGGCUCCAACAGGGGGACAAAAUGAAGCUUUGGGUGCUUGGUAUUUUUCUGUUUUUAUGUAGUUCCCCAGCCUGGACAAAAGAUAAGCACUAUUACAUUGGAAUUAUUGAAACUACCUGGAACUACGCUUCGGACAGUGAGGAAAAGAAACUUGUUUCGGUUGACACAGAGGGUUUCAAUUUCUAUCUUCAAAGUGGCCCAGACCGAAUUGGAAGAAUAUACAAAAAGGCCCUUUAUAUUCAAUACACAGAUGGAACUUUUAAGACAACCAUAGAAAAGCCAGCCUGGCUAGGGUUUCUAGGCCCUGUCAUCAAAGCCGAAGUUGGGGAUACAGUUUAUGUACAUCUAAAAAACUUUGCCUCCAGGCCUUACACUUUCCAUUCACAUGGAAUCACCUACUAUAAGGAGCACGAAGGGGCCCUCUACCCGGAUAACACCACCAGCCUUCAAAGAGCAGACGACAAAGUGCUUCCAGGACAGUCGUACACGUACAUGCUGCUUGCCACGGAGAACCACAGUCCCGGGGAGGGAGACAGCAACUGCGUGACACGGAUCUACCAUUCCCACAUCGAUGCUCCCAAGGACAUCGCUGCAGGACUCAUUGGACCUUUAAUAAUCUGUAAAAAAGAUUCUCUAGAUAAGGAGAAGGAAAAGAACGUGGAUCAAGAGUUUGUGGUAAUGUUUUCCGUGGUGGAUGAAAACCUGAGCUGGUACCUAGAAGACAACAUCAAAGCUUACUGCUCGGAGCCAGCCAGCAUCGACAGGGACAAUGAAGAGUUCCAGGAGAGCAACAGGAUGCACUCUGUGAAUGGAUAUGCUUUUGGAAGUCUGCCAGGACUCUCCAUGUGCGCAGAAGACAGAGUGAAAUGGCACCUUUUUGGUAUGGGCAAUGAAGUCGAUGUGCAUGCUGCUUUCUUCCAUGGGCAAACAUUGACUAACAAGCAGUACCGUGUAGACACGAUCCAUCUCUUUCCUGCUACCCUGUUUGAUGCUUUUAUGGUGGCCCAGAACCCCGGAGAAUGGAUGCUUAGCUGCCAGAAUCUAAACCAUCUGAAAGCUGGUUUGCAGGCCUUUUUCCAGGUCCGUGACUGUAAGAAGCCCUCCUCAAAAGACAGUACCCAGGGGAAACACGUGAGACACUACUACAUUGCUGCCGAGGAGAUCAUCUGGAAUUACGCUCCCUCUGGUGUGGAUGUCUUCACCAAAGAAAACUUAACAGCUCCUGAAAGCGACUCAAGGGUAUUUUUUGAACAAGGUUCUACAAGAAUCGGUGGCUCUUAUAAAAAACUGGUUUACCGUGAGUACACAGAUGCGUCCUUCACAAAGCGAAAGGAAAGAGGCCCGGAGGAGGAACAUCUUGGCAUCCUGGGUCCUGUCAUUUGGGCAGAAGUGGGGGACACCAUCAAAGUCACCUUCUACAACAAAGGACCAUACCCCCUCAGUAUUGAGCCAACCGGGGUGAGAUUCAACAAGGACAAUGAGGGCGUGUACUAUGCGUCACAUUCCAGUCCCCAGGGGGGAGGUCCACCUCCUCAUCCGGCCUCCCAUGUGGCACCCAAGGAAACCUUCACCUAUGAAUGGACUGUCCCCAAAGAAGUGGGACCCACGUACGCAGAUCCCGUGUGCCUGUCUAGGAUGUAUUAUUCUGCCGUGGAUCCCACGAAAGAUAUAUUCACUGGGCUUAUUGGGCCAAUGAAAAUAUGCAAGAAGGGAAGUUUACAUAAGAAUGGGAGACAGAAAGACGUAGACAAGGAGUUCUAUUUGUUUCCCACGGUAUUUGAUGAGAACGAGAGUUUACUGCUGGAUGAUAAUAUUAGAAUGUUUACAACUGCGCCUGAUCAGGUGGACAAAGAAGACGCAGACUUUCAGGAAUCCAAUAAGAUGCACUCGAUGAACGGAUUCAUGUACGGUAAUCUGCCUGGUCUCAGCAUGUGCCGAGGAGACUCUGUCGUGUGGUACUUGUUCAGCGCUGGAAACGAGGCCGAUGUACACGGGAUAUACUUUUCAGGAAACACAUUCCUGUCGCAAGGAGAAAGAAGAGACACAGCCAAUCUCUUCCCACAAACGAGUGUGACACUUCUCAUGCGACCUGACACAGGAGGGACUUUUGAUGUCGAGUGCCUGACCACCGACCACUACACGGGUGGCAUGAAGCAGAAGUACACUGUGCGCAGCUGCGAGCAGCGGCCUGAGGAUCCCGCCCCCUACCUGGAGGAAAGGACCUACUAUGUGGCCGCGCUGGAGGUGGAAUGGGAUUACUCGCCUCACAGGGCUUGGGAGGAGGAGCUGCACCACUUACAAGAGCAAAAUGUUUCCAAUGUAUUUUUGGAUAAGGGAGAGUUCUACAUAGGCUCAAAGUACAGGAAGGCUGUGUACCGGCGCUUCACCGACAGCUCCUUCCGCGUCCCGGUGGGCAGAACUGCUGAGGAGGAGCACCUGGGGAUCCUAGGUCCACGGCUCCAUGCAGACGUCGGAGACAGAGUCACGAUCAUCUUUAAAAACAUGGCAACAAGGCCCUACUCCAUACAUGCCCACGGGGUGAAGACGGACAGUCCCACGGUGACUCCCACGGCACCAGGUGAAACUCGCACUUAUGUAUGGAAAAUCCCAGAAAGAUCUGGUGCUGGAACAGAGGAUUCGCCCUGCAUCCCGUGGGUUUACUACUCGACUGUGGAUCGCGUUAAGGACCUCUACAGUGGAUUGAUUGGCCCGCUGAUUGUUUGUCGGAGACACUACAUGAAAGUAUCCAAUCCCACCAAGAAACUGGAAUUCUCCCUUCUGUUCCUAGUAUUUGAUGAGAAUGAAUCUUGGUACUUAGAUGACAACAUCAAAGCCUACUCUGCCCACCCUGAGAAAGUAAACAAAGAGGACGACGAAUUCAUAGAAAGCAACAAAAUGCACGCCAUUAAUGGGAGGAUGUUUGGAAACCUGCGAGGCCUCACCAUGCACGUGGGAGAUGAGGUCAGCUGGUACCUGAUGGGGAUGGGCAAUGAGAUAGACCUGCACACGGUGCACUUCCACGGCCACAGCUUCCGGUACCAGCACAGGGGCGUUUACAGCUCUGAUGUCUUUGACAUUUUCCCUGGGACGUACCAAACCCUAGAAAUGUUUCCCGAAGUACCUGGAAUCUGGUUACUCCACUGCCAUGUGGCCGACCACAUUCACGCUGGGAUGGAAACUACUUAUGCCGUUCUACCCAACAAAGAAACCAAGUCUGGCUGAAUGAAAAAAUUUGGUGAUAAAGUGGAAAAACAAAAACCAAAGAUUCAUAACAAUGUAUGUGAACAUGUUGAAUAGAACAUUACUUUGGAGUGGCUAUAAACAUUAAUAAAAGACUGAAAACAUAAAAUCCUGUGCAUCUGUGGGGGAAACCGUGUUGCCUGCUACAGAUGGAGAGAUCCUCAGGCCAUUAAGACAUACAAAAUCUAUGACCAGAGAGCUGGCACGGUGGUCCCCCGAGGUUCACUGUGAAGGGUCAGACAGGUAGGUUCCCAACCAGCACCUUCCCACAGAUGCUGACAUCAUUUCUAAUGAGUCAGUGGGCAUGCAGGUGCAAGCUGUGGAGGAAGAAAGAAAAAUAAAAAGAUGCCAAUCUGAGUUCUGUUGAACCCUUAAGAAGACAGUCAAGGGAUAUUACCUGGAAUCGGUAAAGUCGAGAAACAUUGCCUAUGUCGAAUCCAGGUAAAAACAAAAUGAAGGUAAUAAAGUAAUACAUCAAGACCCUGCCACCAGCAGGAAAGCUUCAGAAGGUGCUGUGCCAGACAGUGGACAAGCGGGACUCCCGUGCAGCCCCAGCUGGAUUCAGUGGACACUCCGUGAGCUGACCUUGGACUCAAAACUUCCUAACAAGAGGUUAAAAAAGAAGACAGUCGUGACCAUCAUGAUGCAGUGCUUUAUUGUCACAAAUGCUCCAUGUGCAAGAGCAAUAGUGUACAGCAACAGGAAAUGGACACGGGGCUUGGGCUGGGAAACAUGCAUUCAACAACUCAUGCCAACAGCCAGACAGGAAGUGAACUUUGUGAACGUCUACUUCAACCCAUGCAGGAAAAAAAAGCAAGGGUUUAAAAGUAACAAUAUAAAGCUGGAUGAGCAGCCGGGUGCAGUGGCGCAUGUCUAUAAUCCCAGAGGCUCAGGAGGCUGAGACAGGAGGAUUGCCGGUUCAAAGUCAGCCUCAGCAACUUAGCAAGGCCCUAAGCAACUCAGUGAGACCCUGUCUCUAAAUAAAAUACAAAAUAGGUCUGGGGAUAUGGCUCAGUGUAGAGCACUUGGGUUCAAUCCCCAGUCCAAAAAGAAAAAUGAAAAGAAAAGAAAGUUUGAAAUCUUUAACUGUGGCAAAACAUUUACAUCUUCUUCAAGAGAAUAAUAUUAUUUUUGGAAAGUAAUCCAAUAUAGAAAUCUGGAAAAAUUCAGAAGAUAAAAAUUCUGGCACACUAAAGUAACAUUCAAACAAACUUGCAAAAUGUUUCCUUGGGUGUUCCUGGGAUGGAAAAAGAUUGUCAUGCCUCCAAAAAUAAGAAAUUGGUGGUGUUCUCUGGAAUAAAAAUCAGUAUCCACCUUUAAAUGCAUGGCUUCCUUGAAGAAUUCUUAUAUCCUGAAGCUCUUUUACAUUCUGGACAAUUAAAAGGAUUCAGUUUCUAAAUCUAGAAACCAGUGGUUACCCACUGCAUGGUAUGGUAAGCAUCCUGAAAGAAUCUGAGAUGUACAAAAAAUGCAAAAAAACCCAAAAAAGCCCUUUGCUUGUAGCUGCACUGGCAAUGAAUUCUUAAAAUGCAGCUUCACGUGCUACUUUCAAGAUACUUCAAGUCAAUGAUUUUUUGCGACUGCAGUAAAGAAGAUAGGGCAAGAAGAACGCAGCCGUGCCAUCUUCCGGGAGGACGUUCAAGAAAUCCCUGAGUUCCAGUUCCACAGCGACAACGGACAGUGCUUCUGUUUGUGGGAAAGAAAAUCUGUUAGACCCAAAAGCCCAUCUUUAAUCUAAUUCUCUCGAUCCCUCAUUUGAUUAAUCAGAAGCUGGUCCAGGAGACAAAAUGUUACAACUACAAAGAACAGUCUCCUACGGCCACAAAUGACUGUGUGGUUUUAACAACUUCUAACUUAUCCUUUCCAGAUGCCUCUGAAGUUGACUUUGUAUCAGCCUCAUGAGAUCUAGAGUUCCUCUUUCAUUGCUGGAUUACUAGGUUAUUUUUCAAAAAUAAAUUUCUACUGGUCUCUAAAGAGAAAUGUAACCAUCCGGACACUGCCUAAUGUUCGCACCACCCUGCAGGAAAUAUACAUUGAUGUUUGCCAGGCCAGAAAACACCAUAACUGCUGGAUGACACGGUCCUGUAUCAGUUCCUCUCCAUUAUGAGAUUCUGACAUCAUUAAUAAGUACACAUCUGCCUUCGCGACCAUCUAUGUGCCUUUUUUCUAAACUGCCAAGGUGCUCCGGUGAACAUGUCCGACGCUAAGGGAUGCAUCGAGUGUACCUGAAAGGUAAAUGUGCAUUUCUUGAUUCUAUUACUUCUUAACAGAUGUGCACUUCCCUCUUCUAGAGAGAAGAGUGAAGCUUAGGAGCAGUGUUCCCAAUAAACACCUCUGGUCUCAUGGCUCCAAGCACACUUCAGGGCCAUUUCCAGGAGUCCUCGCAUGCCCACGGCUUGCUCUACGUAAAACCAGCUCAGAGGCAUCUGCCCGACAUUAGUAAUCUUAACCAUCCUUCACACAGAGGAGCCUCCUGCCCUUGUUGCUGAGAAGUUAUGACUGCACCUGCGGUGGCAGUAGAAAGAUCCUGAGCUCUGGAACCAUUGGUCCAGGGAAGGAAUUCAGAUUUCAACCUGCUCCCUUGCCGAGUGACUUAGAGGGAGUCAUUUAAUCCUUCGAGUCCCAGUUUCCUCAUCGGUAAUGUGUUUAGUUUGUGGUGUGGUAACCGGGGCAGUGCCACUGGCAUCCAGCAGGCAGAGGCAGAGAUGCUGUUUAGGAUCCUAACAUGCACACGGGAGAUCACACAAUGUUCCCCCGCAAAACGCCAAGGUUGGAAAUGCUGCAGUAAGAGAAAAUCCGAGCUCCUACACAUCCUACAUGAGCCCGUCCCUCAUCUCCAAGCUCACUCCCUUGCAGUUUUGCCCAACAUUUCACUUUAGAGUGACUCUUGAACUUCUCAUUAGUCCAGGGAUAUUAAAAAACUGGCUUGCUCUGGGUCACUCACUAAGUGGCACACCUGGAACUCAGUUCUAAUUCUUCAGACUCAAAACCUGGGCUCUUUUUUAGUGUGCAUAACUGCCAACAGGAACACCUCUAAGAAAUGGAAUGGAAGUUCUUCAGGUGUCUCACUUCCAAUCAAUCAAUAGCUACAGAAUGUCUCCAGCAGGAGCCCAUUGCUGCUGAGCAGACUGCACCGUGGAGCACAAAUCGAACACUGCCAGCUCUGUGGCACUGCAGCCUAACAGUGGUAAACCACACCCUGCGCCCAGCCUAUUAGUCACACACACACACACACACACACACACACACACGUGCGCACGCACGCUGGAGGAAUGAUUAUGGGUGAGGUAGGGAAGAAAGCAUGUGGAUGUGACCCAGAAGGAGGCUCGAUAGAUAACAGUGUUGCUGGGGUGUGAGGAUGGGGGCGUUUGCAAUGGAAGGUGGCCCACCAACACAGAACCAUCAGGGGUUAAUUGUGACUCGUUUUUGAUGUAAGUGGGGCAAAGCGAUCAGACACCUGCCAUUUCCAUCUUCUAAAGACUGAGGCACUCAGGAGGAUGAGGAGAGCAAAGAGUUGGUGGGCAGUCACCUUCUCCUUUCCCAAUCGUAAACGUGCCCCUUUAAGUGGGAUCUUCGGAGAAACAACGUCCCAUGGCCACUGGGUCUGCCUGAUGUUUUAAAAAUCUACUGCCUCAGCUGAAAAAUAUAAUCCCAGUACUGUCGAUUUCUAAUGUUCUGUGUGCAUCACAAUCAACAUAACCAUGCCUUCUGUAGCCAGGCAACAACUAACGAGUGAUAUUAACACACCACAGUGUAGAAAAUGAAAAUGGUACAUCGGUUAAGACUGAUAAAUGACUGAAUGACGAAAAUUCAAAUAACAACCUAUGCUGUAAAACGCUGUAUGACUUAGACAUUCAACUUUCAAACCCUUGAAGAAUUCAUCCUUCUUUGGUACUUACAAUUGUGUGUGUUAAUCCUAACUUUCUAUGUGAAGUAAAUUAAACACUCAGAUCAUUAAUAAAAGACGUGAUUGCCCCCUUGGCUAUACUGAAGUUGUGAAUUUCUGUAACUGCAAUAAUUUGUCGAACAUCUGAAAAGAUUAACUUAGAAGAAUACCAGCGCUGUGAGUAGAAAAGAUAAAUAAGGCACUGGGGCUGUGGUGCAGGGCAGGGCGCUUGCCUGGCACAUGUGAGGCUCUGGGUUCAAGUCUCAGCACCACGAAUCAAUAAAAUAAAGGUCCACCGACAACUAAAAAAAUAUUUAAAAAAGUAAAAGAUAAAUGAAUGUCAAAUGUGAUAAGGGGUAUACAGCUGCUACAAAUAAGCUCUUCAAAUGAUUCUGCAAGCCUUCUUCAUGCCACUUGAAAAAUCCCAUGAGAAACUUAGAGAAAGCAUGACUCCAGCAAGUUUAAAAUUGAAAUUACAGUUUAUAAUCAAGUAAAAGAGGAACCUGACCUUUCAGCGACGACAGGUAAAGUUGGUGCUUCUCUCCACCACGCCUUACUCUCUGACAAAGCUCAGGCAGCAGUUUUUUCCACCACAGAGUCUAGCUUAGAAAAAAAUGAAUAUAUUUUAGUUUGGCAUAUCUUACACUUCGCUUUCCAAUGUGAGCAAGAUUGUGCAGGAAAGCACGGGGCACAAUUACGUCGUUUGGUUAAGGAACUCAGUUUUGUGAUAACAGAAGUUAUUAUCCACAGCCCGUCUUCUGCCUCCACUAAAGGAAGAGUUCUGAAACUGGAAAUGUACCUAUGCACGUGGCUGCUUCCCAGAAGAAACAUAAGGGUGUCCUGUUACUACGUCUUAGGUGGCAAGAAGGAAGGAAAGAAGAAAAAGUACAUUAAAGUCUGAAACCCUGCUAAUUUCUAAACAUGAGACUUAAUUGCACAGAAAAUAUUUUCCCAUUAUGCAUUAUGUUUCCCAAUUCUUCAAGCAAUCACCUAUUUCAUCUCCCAAUGAGAGAUUUUCAAGGAUGAAACACAUCAUCAUCACACAUUUUAACAGUGUCUCACAGUAUCCAACACACGCCACUAAACAUGCCUGUCCGCUGGACUCAUGCGGCCCUGUGAAGUCAGACCAUCACAAACGUCCCUGCUAUGCAGAUGCGGCACCCAGAUCAUCAACUCUCACAACCACCGUCAAGCCUGAGAACGGAAUCCAAAAGCAUACCCGGUUCUCCUCCCUCAGCUCGUGAUUGGCGUAGGGAAUGACCGCCUGCGGGCACCUCUCGAGCAGCGUGUCCAGGCACCCCUCAUACUCCCUCAAGCGAGUACGGCACAGAACGUGGACACUAAGGCCAGCGGCGGUGUCUUCUGAGAGUGGCUCCAAGAACGGAAUGAUGGACGCUAUGUCGAAUGAAGGACCACAGAUAAGAGACUGGGAACAGAAAAGUAAAACGUUACGGAGCGAGGCAUCCAGACAACUGAAACACGCACACGGCACAAACUCUUCUUAAAACAAUGAAGACUAAACCUCACUUGCCAGAAGAAGAAUGUGAUUUUAGAGCACAUGUAUCCAGUCCUCAGUUAAUAAAUCUCAGUGGACCCAAGUUAAGUAAUUUUGUAUCCACCUCUGGUUUAAAGAAAUAAAGAUUUGUUUAAAAGAAAAUAAUCACUUUUAAAGUAAAAUAAUUUUAUUUACUUUGAAUGAACUGCAUAUUAAAACCGAGCAUUUUCUAGGACUCUAUCCUAAGGAAAUAAUGCACAUAGAGUUGUUCAGCACAGGAGUACUCUCAAAACUGAAAAAUCAGAAAUCCAAAUGUUCAACAAGAAGGGCUGUUAAGUCAAUUAUGGUACAUUCAUGUGUUCAAACAUUAUAUAGUCAUCAGAAUGAAGUUUUCAAAGGCUAGUUAAGGACAAAGUGCUCAUGAUAAGAUGAUGAGUAAGAAAAUCGUAUUUCAAGAUGAUGCCAGAGCAUGAUCAGCUUUGUGAAACCUACACAGGUACAUGCAGUACAGAAGUACCUCUGCCCGGCACUGCACUUAAACACACGUCAGCUCUGGGGGGACAAAGUCCACUUUCUGUUCUCAUUUAACAAUUUUAAUAAAUUUACAUUAAUAAAUUUUAAUAUAAAGUUAAAUAAAACUUAAAAUUCAAUAUAACAUCAAAAUAAAAUUCAAUGCUAAAAAGCUAAAGCGAUUUAGAAGUUGAUCAUUUGAAUCAAUACUAUUUGCCACAAGCUGAAUGACAGAGCAGGCAUUUCAGUAUUGAGAACUUUACUAGUACAUUACUAUUAAGCAAUGUUAGCAGUAUUUUAAAGUGUACAUGUAGUAUUUUUUAUUGUACCACCAAAAUAAUCUUCAUUUUCCCCUUCUGUAAGAGAAAUAGUCAUG